CCGUUGAACUGCAACUUAUAUUCCGGGCUUUCAAUUCUUCCUUUCCGUGCCCAUCGCAAUCCUCGCGCUCAUUUGAGCUGCUCGGUCCUCCUGCGAGUGUCGCACUCAGCUUCUCCCGUCGCACAGCAAUCGUCUCCCGUCGCAGCAGUGAGGAAGAUAUGAAGAAAGGACUGCAUCCACAGCUGCAAUGGAUUUCAUAUGUAACACCUUCUGGAAGACUGAUCCAGGCAAUGAUGACAAAAAUACAUCAUGUUGGUAAAGUUUAUCACUUUAGAGCAAAGCGCCAAAUGGCUCAGAGUGUAGGUCAAAUUGCAAAAUUCAACAGACGCUAUCGCCGCAAGCAAGAAGAAGAAGGAGAACAGAAGUAACUGAACGAGAAAUGGAAACAAAGAGUGGAAUGACGAAAGAGCUGUUGCCUAAGAUUGUCACUUCCGAUAUACCAGCCUAGCGAGUGCGUCUUAUAUUUAGCUUCCCCAUUACAGAAAAAGAGGAAGGAUUUUGAUCUGGACUGUGGUCUCUUUCAGUAUCUGCAAUAACUGCAAUGUGAUACGGUCUGGAUUAUGUGAUGUAAGCUUGAAAAUCAUUUCUUAACUAAUGAGUUGGUUAUUUUGGACUUGCA